UUUUUUUUUUUUUUUUUUUUUGGCUUUUUGGCACAACACCUUCCAUUUCUCCUUUCUCCCAUGGCAACUAACAGAUUUCAUAGAUCAGAAAGCCUUGUAAAAUUAGCUGAAAGACUUCGUCUUUAUAAUCCUAAUAAUAAUCACCCUUCACUUAGCUCCUCAAACUUUUUCAAUACCCACAGUCAAAAUCAAGAAUGCACUGUGAAUGAGGUUGUUUCCAAAGAACAAGAAUUGAAACCAGAAUUUGGGACAGACCCUAUAAAUAGUAGUAGUAGUAAUUCAAGAAGAGCCAGGGCUGCAGUUUUGGUGUGUUUAUUUGAGGAUCAACAAGGCCAUCUUCGUGUAAUUCUCACUAAAAGAGCUUCUACACUCUCUACACAUUCUGGUGAAGUUGCUUUGCCUGGUGGGAAAGUAGAAGAAGGUGAUGCCAAUGACACUGAGACAGCAUUGAGGGAGGCUGAGGAGGAGAUCGGAUUAGAUCGUUCACUUGUAGAUAUUGUCACUGUUCUUGAAUCCUUUACUACCAAGGGAAUUAUAGUGAUUCCAGUAGUGGGUAUACUUUGGGACCGGAAUGCAUUCAACCCGUUAAUAAACACAGCAGAAGUGGCAGCAAUAUUUGAUGCUCCUUUAGAGAUGUUUCUUAAGGAUGAAAAUCGAAGAGAACAAGAGGCUGAAUAUAUGGGAGAUCAAUAUGUACUCCAUUUCUUUGAUCACGAAACGGAGAAGGAGAAGUAUAUUAUAUGGGCUCUAACUGCUGGUAUUUUGAUUAAAGCUGCCUCGGUUGUGUACCAGCGCCCCCCUCAUUUUCAAGAACGAAGGCCUAAAUUUUGGAAUAGAAGUUGCCAAUGAAAGAUGUUAUUGCCAAAUCUCUUGCAUAAUUUUUGUCCUUUGAACUUUGAACAUAAGUGAUAGUCAGGGGCGGAGCUACAAUAUCAAGGUCCAGGUUUUUUAUGAAAGCAGUAGCUUUUGCUUAGACCCUGUAUUUAUAUUAGGAAUUCCAUUAAAUAUGUGUAAGCAUUUAAUUGCACACUCAGUAACUAAAGCGAGCAUGGGUUCAUUCGCAAGUUCAGAAUCUAUAAACUUCAAAUCCUAGUUCCGCUUUUGAGGAUAGUUCCUUCAAAUGAAGUUAGCAAAUUAAAGAUAUGUGCCGAAGCAUCUUGAUAUGUAUCCUAUUAUAGCCAUUGCUUUCAAUGUAUAGUUUUGAUGUUGUAUAUGUA